GGGGGGCCGCAAAUAAUGGAGCCUUUCACCAAUGAUCGGCUUCAGCUCCCUAGGAAUAUGAUUGAAAACAGCAUGUUUGAGGAAGAACCAGAUGUGGUGGAUUUAGCCAAAGAGCCCUGUUUACAUCCUCUGGAGCCUGAUGAGGUGGAAUACGAGCCCCGGGGUUCACGACUGCUGGUGCGGGGCCUUGGCGAGCAUGAGCUGGAUGAGGACGAAGAGGACUAUGAGUCGUCUGCAAAGCUUCUGGGCAUGUCCUUCAUGAACAGGAGCUCGGGCCUCCGAAACAGCGCGGCCGGCUACCGGCCGAACUCGGAUGGGACUUGCUCAGCGCACUCUGCCAGGACCAUAGGAGUCUGUAUUUUCAUCAUCAUAGUUGCUGUUGCUGUAAUCAUGAUGAUUUACCUCCUGCCCAGGUGUACCUUUACCAAAGAAGGCUGCCAUAAAAAAAACCAACCCAUGGAACCGAUUCAGCCGAUCGCAACAAACGGAAAGUUGUUUCCGUGGGCCCAAAUCAGGCUGCCCACUGCUGUUGCACCAGUGCACUAUGACCUGACCCUCCACCCAAACCUCACCUCGAUGACGUUCAGGGGUUCCGUGACGAUUUCGCUUCAGGCCCUUCAGGCCACGUGGAACAUCGUUCUUCACAGCACAGGCCACAACAUUUCCAGAGUGACCUUUAUGACUGCAGUUUCAAGCCAGGAAAAAGAAGUUGACGUCCUGGAGUACCCACUGCAUGAACAAAUCGCCAUUGUUGCCCCCGAGACCCUGCUUGAAGGGCACAAUUACACCUUGAAGAUCGAGUAUUCGGCAAACAUAUCUAGUUCUUCCUAUGGGUUUUAUGGCAUCUCCUACAGAGACGAAAGUAACGAGAAAAAGUACUUUGCAGCAACUCAGUUUGAACCCUUGGCAGCAAGAUCUGCUUUUCCUUGUUUUGAUGAACCAGCAUUUAAAGCCACAUUUGUCAUCAGGAUCAAAAGAGAUGAGCAAUACACUGCUUUAUCAAAUAUGCCUAAGAAGUCAUCAGUCGUGCUGGAAGACGGACUUGUUCAGGAUGAGUUUUUUGAGAGUGUGAAGAUGAGCACUUACCUGGUUGCUUUCAUUGUGGGGGAGAUGAAGAAUCUGAGUCAGGACGUAAAUGGAACCCUGGUUUCUAUAUAUGCUGUCCCAGAAAAGAUUGGUCAAGUUCACCAUGCCUUGGAAACAACUGUGAAGCUUCUUGACUUUUAUCAAAACUACUUUGAAAUUCAAUACCCGCUAAAGAAAUUGGACUUGGUGGCUAUUCCAGACUUCGAAGCAGGAGCAAUGGAAAACUGGGGUUUGCUCACCUUCCGAGAAGAGACACUUCUGUAUGAUGGUAAUACUUCUUCAGUAGCAGAUAGGAAGCUGGUUACUAAAAUCAUCGCUCACGAGCUGGCCCAUCAGUGGUUUGGUAACCUGGUGACAAUGCAGUGGUGGAAUGAUCUGUGGCUAAAUGAAGGCUUUGCUACAUUCAUGGAGUAUUUCUCUUUGGAAAAAAUAUUCGGAGAGCUCUCCAGUUAUGAAGAUUUCUUAGAUGCUCGAUUUAAAACAAUGAGAAAAGAUGCGUUGAAUUCAUCCCAUCCAAUAUCAUCAUCAUCUGUUCAGUCUUCAGAACAGAUUGAAGAAAUGUUUGAUUCUCUUUCCUACUUUAAGGGAGCUUCCCUCCUGUUGAUGCUGAAAACUUACCUUAGUGAAGAUAUAUUUCAACAUGCCAUUAUCCUUUACCUGCAUAAUCAUAGCUAUACAUCCACUCACAGUGAUGACCUGUGGGAUAGUUUUAAUGAGUCCACAAACAAAACACUAGAUGUGAAGAAAAUGAUGAGAACCUGGACCCUGCAGAAAGGAUUUCCUUUAGUGACUGUUCAGAGAAAAGGAAAGCAAAUUCUGGUACAACAGGAAAGAUUCUCUCUAAAUGUGAAGCCUGAAAUUCAGCCUUCAGAUGCAAGCUCUCUGUGGCACAUUCCACUAUCCUACGUCACGGAUGGAAAAAAUUACUCCAAGCAUCGAUCAGUAUCUUUACUGGACAAGAAAUCAGGUGUCAUCAAUCUCACAGAAGAAGUGCAGUGGAUCAAGGUCAAUACAGACAUGACUGGCUAUUACAUUGUCCAUUACGCAGAUGACAACUGGGAAGCGCUGAUCAAACAGCUGAAAACAAAUCCUUAUGUGCUGAGCGACAAAGAUCGAGCCAACCUCAUCAACAACAUCUUUGAACUUGCAGGCCUGGGCAAGGUGUCUCUUCAGAGAGCUUUCGAUCUGAUUGAUUAUCUUAGAAAUGAGACCUACACUGCACCCAUCUCUGAAGCCCUGUUCCAGACAGAACUCAUCUAUAACCUCCUUGACAAACUCGGGCACAUGGAUCUGGCCUCAAGACUGGUGAACAAGGUAUUUAAAUUGCUUCAAAGCCAAAUCCAACAGCAGACUUGGACUGACGAGGGCACCCCAUCUACUCGAGAGCUCCGGUCGGUCUUGCUGGAUUUUGCUUGCACCCACAGCCUGGAGAACUGCAGCGCUGUUGCCUUGAAGCUCUUCAAUGACUGGAUGGCGUCCAAUGGCACUCAGAGCCUGCCUACGGAUGUCAUGGCGACCGUGUUCAAGGCUGGAGCAAAAACUGAGGGAGGCUGGUCAUUCCUCUUAAGCAAAUACGUCUCUCUAGGCUCUGAAGCAGAGAAGAAUAAAAUACUCGAAGCUCUUGCCAGCUCGGGGGAUGUACGGAAGCUUUACUGGUUAAUGAAAAAGAGCCUCGAUGGAGAUCUCAUCCGAACACAGAAGCUGUCGUUUAUCAUUAGAACGGUGGCCCGGCAUUUUCCCGGACACUUACUGGCAUGGGAUUUUGUCAAAGAGAACUGGAGUAAGCUUGUACAGAAGUUCCAUCUGGGGUCCUAUACCAUACAAAGUAUCGUUGCUGGAUCAACUCACCUGUUUUCAACAAAGGCACAUUUAUCUGAGGUCCAGGCAUUCUUUGAAAAUCAGUCAGAGGCCACCUUUCAACUUCGCUGUGUCCAGGAGGCUUUGGAAGUCAUUCAGCUGAACAUGCAGUGGGUGGAGAAGAAUCUUAAAACCCUGACAUAUUGGCUGUAG